AUGCCUCGCAAAUUCUUCGUCGGAGGCAACUUCAAGAUGAAUGGAGUUGUCGACUCCAUUACAUCCAUCAUCAACAACCUCAACAAGGCCCAGCGUGACCCCAACACCGAAGUCGUCAUUGCCCCGCCUUCCAUCUACCUGCUGCUGGCCCGCCAGCUGGCCGACCCGCAGAUCGCCAUCUCUGCGCAGAACGUCUACGACAAGCCCAAUGGCGCCUUCACGGGUGAGAUUAGCGUCGAGCAGCUGAGGGAUGCCAAGAUCGACUGGACGAUCAUCGGACACAGCGAGCGGAGGGUGCUGUUGAGGGAAGACGACGACUUUGUUGCCCGCAAGGUCAAGGCUGCCAUUGACGGUGGCCUCAGCGUCAUCCUCUGCAUUGGUGAGAGUCUGGAAGAGCGCGAAGCGGACAAGACCAUCGAGGUCGUGACGAGACAGCUCAACGCCGUCGCGGAGCACCUGUCCAAGGAGCAGUGGGCUAAGGUGGUCAUUGCCUACGAGCCUAUCUGGGCCAUCGGCACCGGCAAAGUCGCGACCACUGCCCAAGCUCAAGAAGUCCACUCCGCCAUCCGCAAGUGGUUGGCUGACAAGAUCUCUCCUGAGGCGUCGGACAACACCCGGGUGAUCUACGGCGGUAGCGUCAGCGAGAAGAACUGCAAGGAUCUGGCCAAGGAGCCAGACGUGGACGGAUUCCUCGUGGGAGGCGCCAGCUUGAAGCCAGCCUGUAGCAAGCAAGGAAGCAUGUCGUAG